UCCCAUUCCUUCACCACACGCAACUCUCUCCACCCCCCCCCCCCUCUCUCUCAUGAUUUCGCUCAAUAAGAGUGGAAUCUUAUGUGUGGAACAUGGUGAGAGCGAGGAGUCAUUUUGAGGGAGGGGGAUAUCUCUUGAUUGUCAGCAUCCUCCCAUUUCUUCCCUCCAUAUAACUUCCUCAGCUCAUGAAGGCCUAAACCCACCCUCUUCACACUCCUCAUACUGCAAGAGUCUCUCACCUCUCUUUCUAACUCUCUCUCUCUCUCUCUCUCUCUCUCUCUCUCUACACACGCACACAGAGAGGCAAAGGCGGCAGAGCCUCCAAGCAGACCCCUAUAACAUCUCAAGCAAAUUUUCUGGAUCAGUGAGUGGGGACGAAGGUUGGCUUAUCUCUCUCUCUUUCUCUCCCAAAGCUAGCUGCAGCAUGCGCGGAUCCUAAUUGAGAGAAAGAGUGAGAAGCAAAAGGAGGGGAGGAAGCAAGCAAGCAACCAGUGAUGCAUGUCUGGUGGAGCCUUGUGGGGUGAGGCCUGCUUGAGCUGGAGUUUGGUGCAUGAUGAGGUUUCAAGGGACAUGAGUUGCAUGGAGGGCCCAUAUGUCUUCCCUAAUGCCAUGAUGCUUUGGGCACUAGGAAAAGGCUAGGUGCACAUUAGAAGCACAAAACUGACUCACCAGAUUUCAGGGAUUCCCAGCUCCUAGAAAUCCUGUUCUUUUGUUUGGAUUUUUCUUCUAAGAAAUUGAAACGCUAGCAUUAGUAUCUAUCCUUGAUCAAAAGAAAAUUUAAAUUACCUUAUCUUGGAUUUUUGCUUCCUUAAAAGCUGCCUGUAAUGAGGCUAGGACUGUCAUCCACUCACACAUUUGUCACUAAUGUGGCCAGCAUCCUGUCUCUGUAUUGGAUUAUGAGUGUGUGUGUGUGUGUGUGUGUGUGUUGUGUGGUCUGGGCACAGGUCACAUCAGCACUACACCAUCAGCAAAAGGUGAGUCAGCCUAAUCAACCCGCAAGACCCUUAAGAUGCCACCAUGUGUAUGCGUGUGACUCCGGUUGUGAAGUCAUGCUUGCAUAAACUUCAAAGAAUGAAGUGCAUACAAGAAACAUCUCAAUAAUAUACACUCCGUGAAGAUAUUCAGAAGAGAGAGAGAGAGAGAGAGAGAGAGAGAGAGAGAGAGAGAGAGAGAGAGAGAGAGAGAGAGAGAGAGAGAGAGAGAGAGCUAGGAUGGGAUAUGGGGCUCACCCAAAGCUAUCUAUCAAGAAAGAGCACGCCACACAAACAUACACAUACACAGUGAAUUGUGGUCCUGAAAGCUCCUCUCCUCCCAGAGUAUAUAUAUUGGCAGGGGCUGAUUGGUGCUGUUUCUCCAAAUGAGAAGGGCCACACCUCAGUUACCUCACAUUUUCCAUGAGCAUGAGGUCCAGCUUUUAGCUGGCAGAUUAUAAGUUUUCAGAGUUUUCCUUUUUUUAAUUCGCCAAGCAGGACUUCGUUAAGAAGAUCAUCACAAUGAAGUACAUGAAGCUUGGAACAAAACCAGAUACAUUCUACACUGAAGAAGCAGUCAGGUCAGUAGUGUCAGACGUACCGGCGGAUCUCAUCAUCCAUGUCAACAACACGAAGUAUCAGCUACACAAGUUGAAAUUUGGUCAGAAAUAUGAAAACGCUGCGCCCGACGACAUCGCUCGCAACCAGGCUUACAAAUUCCCCCUGCUGCUCAAGUGCGGCCUCCUGCAGCGCCUCUGCUCCGACACCGACGACGGCGACGAGGACCCGGUGCCCGUGGCGCUGCACGACAUCCCGGGCGGCGAGGAGGCCUUCGAGCUGUGCGCCAAGUUCUGCUACGGCAUCUCCGUCAGCAUCGGCGCCGCGAACCUGGUGCCGGCGAUGCUGGCGGCGCGGUUCCUCCGGAUGACGGAGGCCGUCGCCAAGGGCAACCUGGUGGCCAAGCUGGAGGCCUUCUUCGACUCGUGCGUGCUGCAGGGGUGGAAGGACUCGGUCGCCGCGCUGCAGGCGGCGUGGCGGAUCUCCGGCUGGAGCGAGAGCCGCAUCGUGCAGCCCUGCAUCGACUCCAUCGUCGAGAAGAUCCUCACGCCGCCGGCCAAGGUCACCUGGUCCUACACCUACACCCGCCCGGGGUACACCAGGAAGUCGGCCCCCGCCAAGGACUGGUGGACGGAGGACAUCUCGGAGCUGGACGUCGAGGUGUUCCGCUCGGUCAUCUCCACCGUGCGCGCGUCGCUCCAGCUCCCGCCGCCGCUCAUCGGCGAGGCGCUGCACGUGUACACGUGCAAGCACCUCGUCGACCCGCUGCGCGCGGGGGCCGGCGCCGGCGCCGUCGCCAACGGCCAGGCAGCGCAGGCCGAGGAGGCGCUGGCCAGGCAGCGCCGCGUGCUCGAGUCCAUCGUCACGAUGAUCCCCGCCGAGCCGGGGUCUGUCACCGGCCGGUUCCUGCUCCGGCUGCUGCGGGUGGCCAACUACGUCGGCGCGUCGUCGUCCACGCGAGCGCAGCUGGUCCGGCAGGCCGGAUCCCAGCUCCACGAGGCGGGGGCCGCGGACCUGCUCAUCCCGCUGCCGUCGGACCCGCAGGCGUACGACGUCGGCGCGGCGGAGGCCGUGCUGCAGCACUUCCUGGCGCAGUUCCAGCGCCCCGCGCCGCCCGACGAGCGCCGGCGGAUGAGCGCCGCCAUGGGCAAGGUGGCCAGGACCUUCGACGAGUACCUGCGGACCAUCGCGCUCGACCGCGACUUCCCCGUCGCCAAGUUCGUCGACCUCGUCGAGUGCUUGCCAGACAUCGCCCGCAGUGACCACGACGGCCUCUACUACGCGAUCGACGCCUAUCUCAAGGAGCACCCGGAGCUUAGCAAGGCGGACAAGAAGCGGCUGUGCCGGUUGAUCGACUGCCGGAAGCUGUCACCGGACGUGCGGGCGCAGGCGAUAUCCAACGACCAGAUGCCGCUGCGCACCAUCGUGCAGCUUCUCUUCGUCGAGCAGGAGAGGACCAUGGGUGCCGCCAGCCAUGGAACUGCCGUCGCACCAGACCGGGCCUCGGCCGAUGCCAUCUCCCGGCUCACGGCAAGAACCAACGAGGACGAACCGGCCUCAUCAUCUGCCGACCACAAGUCAGACGUGCACCGGCCACGCCGUGAUCAUGCUCGGGUGGCCGACGGCGCAACAACAGCCAUGACGAGGUCGCUGUCGGCAUCGACCAAGACACCGCUGGCAGGGAGAAAGGAGAGGACGACUGAGGAGAGGAGCAGCAGAAUGAGGAACAAGGAGUGAUGAAGCCCGGUGUGCAGUUUGUUAAUACCUGUGAUUCUUGAUUUUUUUUAAAAACAAAAAAUAUUUCUGUGCAUCCCAUUUUUGGUGGGAGAUGUAAGAGGCAUCAAUGUUGAAACUUGAAAGAGAAUGAGGGGGGUAGAUUUUUGUAAUUAAAAUGGAUGGGAGAUUAAUAAGUGGCUACACUCAUACAAUCUAGGAUAGCUCAACAAUGAAAAAAAAUUCAUGUUCAGGUAAUGACACCGAAAACAUCCUGAAUUUACUUUGAA